AAACAAACCUAUUUAUUUUUGUGCAUGUUUGUGUUAUCAUAUUUCUCAGCUCAGUGAUUAAUUAUAUGUACUCUAUAUACUGCAUCUUAUCAACAUAAACCCACCAAGAGAAAAGCUAGGUUCUUGAGGCUGCCUCUUGAAGACACUCCAUUUCCAUCUCCUGAAGAACUGUGGACAAAACUGACAUGGAGCGGAGGAACCACAGUGGGAGAGUGAGUGAGUUUGUGUUGCUGGGCUUCCCAGCUCCUGUGCCCCUGCGGGCACUGUUGUUCUCCCUUUCUCUGCUGGCCUAUGUGUUAGUGCUAUCUGAAAACACCCUCAUCAUUGUGGCUAUUAGGAACCACUCCACCCUUCACAAACCCAUGUAUUUUUUUCUGGCUAAUAUGUCCUUCCUAGAGAUCUGGUAUGUCACUGUCACUAUUCCCAAGAUGCUUGCUGGCUUCAUUGGGUCCAAGCAGAAUCAUGGACAGAUAAUCUCCUUUGAGGGUUGCAUGACCCAGCUUUACUUUUUCCUGGGCUUGGGCUGCACUGAGUGUGUCCUUCUUGCUGUUAUGGCUUAUGAUCGCUAUGUGGCCAUCUGUCAUCCUCUCCAUUAUGCUGUCAUUGUGAGUGGCCGGCUGUGUGUACAGCUAGCUGCUGGCUCCUGGGCUGGAGGCUUUGGCAUCUCCAUGGUCAAAGUUUUUCUCAUUUCUCGCCUUUCUUACUGUGGCCCCAACAUCAUCAACCACUUCUUCUGUGAUGUCUCCCCAUUGCUCAACCUUUCAUGCACUGACAUGUCCACAGCAGAACUUACAGACUUUGUUCUGGCCAUUUUUAUCCUUCUGGGACCACUCUCUGUCACUGGAGCUUCCUACAUGGCCAUCACUGGUGCUGUGAUGCGCAUCCCCUCCGCCGCCGGACGCCAUAAAGCCUUUUCCACCUGUGCCUCUCACCUCACUGUUGUGGUCAUCUUCUAUGCAGCCAGUAUCUUCAUCUAUGCCCGGCCUAAAGCACUCUCUGCUUUUGACACCAACAAGCUGGUCUCUGUACUCUAUGCUGUCAUUGUACCUUUGCUUAAUCCCAUCAUCUACUGCUUGCGUAACCAAGAGGUCAAGAGAGCCCUACGUCGAACUCUUCACCUGUACCAGGGACAGGAUGCUAACCUGAGGAAAUCUGGCAGAGAAAUGGUUAGAGGGGAAGUGUGAAGUCUGGUGAAACUGGGGUUGAUAUCUUCUAUGAAGUCCUGUGGAGUUCCGGGGGCCAAAAUUAGAGGUUAGCAUUUCAAAGGCAUCUCUGCAGAGAAUACCUCCUAUGAUUAGUCCAGGAGAAGGAAGAGGAAUGGAUUGUAAGCUAGAAGUUAAAUUUCUACAGGCCUUUUCUAUGAAUUACAUGCUAGAGGCGGGUCUAGUAUUGUGUCCACUAUUGAAUUUACACAGUCCCACUUCUACCCAAGGAAGUACAGGCUUCGUUAUGGAAAAACAACAGACUUUAUCAUGAGCUCUCAUCUCUGAGAGCCUACUGACUGUCACCUGUAAGGGAACAGAGGUUCAGGAGGUGAUCACUCUAGUGUGAGUUACAAAGCAAGGAGAUAAGAAGCAGACAUUUUGUGUUGACAAAUUAUCAUUUCUUUGACCACAGGGUUUCUAGUUUCAUUUUUAAUUUACCGAGGUCAGUGUCUACAUUAAACUGGUGACUGAAAGAGA